ACGGUGCACGGUUCCUGUUUUCCACCGAAGAUGUCAUCGGGAAGACCUAUCAAAUGUGUGGUGGUCGGUGACGGCACGGUGGGGAAAACGUGCAUGCUGAUCAGCUACACAACCGACAGCUUUCCCGGCGAAUACGUACCCACGGUCUUCGACAAUUAUUCCGCCCCAAUGGUGGUGGAUGGGGUGCAAGUAUCGCUCGGGCUGUGGGACACAGCCGGCCAGGAAGAUUACGACCGGUUAAGGCCGCUGUCCUACCCACAGACGGACGUGUUUCUCAUAUGCUACAGUGUGGCCAGCCCGUCAUCAUUCGAAAACGUUACCUCCAAGUGGUAUCCCGAGAUUAAACACCACUGCCCGGAUGCCCCCAUUAUUUUAGUUGGUACCAAAAUCGAUCUGCGAGAGGAUCGCGAAACAAUCAGCGUACUGGCCGAGCAGGGCCUAUCCGCGUUGAAGCGCGAACAGGGUCAAAAACUAGCGAAUAAGAUACGGGCGGUAAAGUAUAUGGAAUGUUCGGCACUAACCCAGCGGGGCCUCAAGCAGGUCUUUGACGAAGCGGUACGGGCCGUUCUCAGACCGGAGCCUUUGAAACGACGCCAACGAAAAUGUGUUGUGAUGUAGGUGUGUCAUC